GAGCCAGUUGUUGACCUGUGGAGUUAUCCAAUCUGUUUAUCUGCGCCGAGCGGAAGCAUCGGCUGUCAAUACUUCUCUAGCCGCUGCGCACUUCGGUGAUCUAUCCGCUCUCUCGCGUCUCCCCACACGGGGCAUGCCCUGCCAUGGUCGACCUAAACAGCGGCUGGAACCUCUCUUUCGCAGGAUGCGGCUUUCUAGGAAUUUACCACAUCGGAGCAGCCAGCUGUCUCCUGGAGAAAGCGCCCUACCUCAUCAAAGGGGCCACCAAGUUAUACGGGGCCUCCGCCGGCGCUCUGACCGCCUCGGUGCUCGCCAGCGAGGCGUGCAUAGCUAAGUGUUGUGAAGAUGUGAUUGAGGUGGCGAAGGAGGCGAGGAAGAGGAACCUGGGGCCCCUACACCCCACCUUCAACUUGGUCAAGGUGAUAAAGGGCGGCCUUGAUCGAGACCUGCCCUCCGACGCACAUGUCCAGGCGUCGGGAAGGCUGUGCGUUUCCCUCACCAGAGUGUCUGACGGGGAGAACGUGCUGGUGUCAGAGUUUAGCUCUAAAGAGGAACUCAUCCAGGCGCUGAUUUGCAGCUGCUUCAUUCCGGUCUACUGCGGGCUGAUCCCUCCAUCCUUCAGAGGAGUGCGCUACGUGGACGGAGGGAUCAGUAACAACCUGCCGCAGUCGGAGCUGAAGAACACCAUCACCAUCUCUCCCUUCUCGGGCGAGUGUGACAUCUGUCCCCGCGACAGCUCCACCAGCUUCCACGAGCUGCGCUUCACUAACACCAGCAUCCAGAUGAACCUGGGCAACAUGUAUCGCCUCAGCAGGGCGCUGUUUCCCCCGGAACCCAAGGUACUAGCUGAGAUGUGUCAGAGCGGUUAUAAAGAUGCUCUGCGCUUCCUUGAGGAAAACAACCUGCUGAUGCUGGAUCGUCCAACAUCUGGCCCCGCCCUGCCAGAGAGCACUUGCUGCCGUCCGCAAACGGAAACCACCAAGGAUUGGGUGCCCCGGAGGCUCCGCCUACUGCGGAAACAGCACUGGUGGAUGGAUAAGGAGAUGGUCCUGCCCCCGCCCAUCAAGAAAGUAUUCUGCGAUGCCUGCCAGGACCAACCUGGCCUGUAUGCAAAGUUGUCCAAGAUGCUUCCCGUGAGAGUGGCCUCCUACAUGCUCAUGCCAUACACACUUCCCGUACAGUCGGCCUACUCCGUGGCCCAGAGGUUUGUAGAGUGGAUCCCAGAGGUGCCGGCCGAUAUGCGCUGGCUGUUUGGAGUGGCAGGUCACAUUUACCAACAAGCCUGGAAAGGAGCUCCCGUCAACUCCAUCAGUGAGCCGGGGCUGAGGAAAUGCUUGAGCGCGCCACCUCCACCUACACAGUGUGACAAACCGAUGCAAAGAGACAACCUUCCCGCGCUCUCCUGCCUGGACCUCCACGGCAGCUACUGGGAGAUCCCCGAGUCUACCUCCUCCUCGUCCCACCAUCAGACUCACAUUGCCCCCUUGUCUCCGCAGCAGGUCUGCUUCUUUGUCGGCUCUCAGGAUGAACCGCAUGGCCACAGUCAGCAGCAAAUUGAUUAAUUUUACAAAUAAGGUACUAGAGCUUUGUGAAAUGUUGCAUACAUUUCUCAAGAAAACGCACAUUUAUUGUUGACUCUGAACACUCCAGGCAGCACCGACUGUAUAAUAUUUUACCGAGUGCUCUGGAACUCACUCAGGAUUACAGAUGGGUUUUAUGAUCUGUUCUACAGCACAGAAAAGUGUCUAGUUUAACUGCAAUCCUAUCUAGGAGUCAAAUUGUAUGUUUAUGUUCACAUUUGUUUGAUAUCUAUAGACGUCAUACAACCACUUUUUAGGUGAGAAAGUGCCACGUUUCUGAAGAUGGGUCUUAAUUUCUCCACAAAUGGCCCAGUUUUGUUUUUGACAAGGGACGUAGCUGCAGUUUGGUCCUGUGACAAUACAAAUGAGGGCUAAAGCUACAACAAAUUGUAAGUAACUUAAGUGUCCUUGAAACUGAGAUGUCAAAGAAAAGCCUAAAAAGCUUCUGUAGACGUUAUUGUUAUUCCCAAAAUGUAAAUGUGCUGCUCAGAAGAGUGCAACCAGUGUUAACAUAAUUCCUCAUGUUGUAAAUGUGUUUGACAUCACUUAAUUGUAAAGUUCUAUUGAUGAACAGUGAUAUUAUGAUAGCAUUAAACCAUAUCUGAAAGCAAUA